CUGCCCUUGCAACAGGCAUCGUGCUCUUUCCUCUCUGUGUGAAAUCCAGAUCGAGUCUUGCACCACCCCAAUAUGCCAUCUUCCUCCAGCAAUUCAAGCACCACCAUGGCUGCUGCUUCGUCCGUUUCAGUUCCCCACAUCAACAACUUGGUGACGGUGAAACUCACGGACUCAAACUAUUUGAUUUGGCUUUCUCAGAUGAAGCCCUUUUUGAUCGGUCAAGACUUCUGGAAAUACAUUGAUGGCUCUUCCUCUCCACCAGAUCAGGUUCUGCCAUCCACAGAGGGUCAACCUCCAAAAUCAAACCCUGAGUAUCAAUCAUGGUUUCGCACCGAUCAAAUGCUUAUUAGUCUUCUUCGUGCCACUUUGUCGGAGCCAAUUUUGGGACUCGUGGUUGGUCUGACCUCAUCUAGCACCAUUUGGGAGACCUUGCAGGCUCACUUUUCCCAACAGUCAGUUGCCAAUGCCUCCCAACUUCGGUCUAACCUCUUGUAUCUCUCCAGGGAUAAUCGGACCAUUUCUGAAUACUUAUUAUAUGCCAAAUCUUUGGCCGACUCUUUAGCAGCUAUUGGUCAACCAGUUCUCAAUGAUGAAUUAGUGCAGGCUAUUCUUCGAGGUCUUGGUCCUGGGUAUGAGAUGAUAGUCACUGCUACUUUGCAUUUUCCUCCUUUACCCUCGUUUCAGGAUCUUCGUGCCCGUUUACUCUCCUUUGAAGCCCAACAUUCUACUGCGCCUCCUACUCCACCGACUGCUCUUCUGGCUCAACAAUAUGCUGGUACCCAAUCUGGAAAUGGCCAUGGCCAUACCAAUCUUGGCCACCAGCAUACUUCAGGCAACCGAGGUGGGUAUCAUAGGAACCGUAAUCGCAAUCGCGGACGUCACAACAAUGGACGCCAUUCCAGUCCUUUCCAUUCUGGUUCUUUUGCAGGCUCUCAUUCUUUUUGUCAAUUGUGCAACGGUGCUGGACAUCUUGCUAGCCAAUGCCCUCGACUCUCUGCUUUUGCUGGGCUUCAUAUGUCACCCCAAUCUCCGCAACAUACCUCGACUGCGCAUGCCUUUGCUGGUUUUCAACAAUACCAGCCGCCACUGCCCUUCGUACAACAUUCUCCGCAACCAUCACAACCAUCAUCCUACAUGCCCUAUCAACCUGCAGUUGCUCAUGAUCCUAAUUGGUAUCCAGACACUGGUGCGACUCAUCACAUGACAGGCGAUCCUCGUCCCCUACAGAAUUCAGCCCCAUAUGCUGGACCAGACUCUGUUAUUCUUGGCAAUGGCGAUCACAUGAAAAUUUCUCAUACUGGGCCAAUGUAAAGAUGGUCUCUAUCCUAUUCCUUCAUCCUCUCUCCGCACUAUUCCUCAAGCUUUUGCUGCCAUGAGUUUGCCUUCUUCUAUAUGGCACAAUAGACUUGGUCAUCCUUCUCACAAGAUCUUAUCAUAUUUAGG